AUUUGUUAUAGUAAAUGCCUUGUCGUAACUUUAGAAAAACAAACAUAUAUUGUAAUAUUUCUUUACAACGAAAAAACUAUUUUUGCCAAUAAAUUCAUAUUUCGUUUAAAAAUUUAUUUUUUUUUAAUAAAAAAUAUUUAAUACAACCCAAACACCUUAUGUGUUAACACGUGUUUACAUUUCCUCAUCAUUCCUCAAUAAAGUAAUAACUAGUGAUCACCGAGAACGCCGAAACAUCCCAUAGUUUGAAACAAAUGACGCUUAACGUUUGGAUGACGGAAGGUUUCAUCAAAUGACAUUCCCGUUUAUGACAUUUACUGACAUUUGUGACGAAGGGCUUUCCUUCCUUAGUGUCAGCGGCGCUAGGUCAGGCGUAAGCCUGAGGGCAGAGUUUUCCCCGUACCACAAAGCUCGCAACAUAAACAUCGAUAACUAUCGACGUCUCAGGACUCUACAUACGAUCUCUAACAAGCAUAUAUGCAGAAAAAGACAACUAGGACGGCUCAAUCUCCCCUACAGACACUUACUAAAACAUUCUGGCAGCGUUCACCCUAAGAUCGUCAACUGCUUUUUAAAUGGUCAAAGCAAAUGGGCGGGAUUCCUUUACGGGCUACAACCCACCGCGGAAAAGUGCCGCGCAAUUGGCAGUGCUUGUUAAGACUGCAUAACUGUUGACGUAUUUACAUACAGUAUGUCAAGAAACUGUUUUCACAUUGUGAAAUAUUCAACUUAUUACACAGGUUGUAAACAGUUUCUUGGCAUACUGUACGUAGGGCCACGUAACCCUGUCUAGCUCCAAGGGAUCAGAAGGGACGUGCAACUAUACGUGGAUGUGUGUUGUUUCCCCUGUCAGGCUAACCAGCUUUUCGUGACCCAAAGUUGAACUAAGUCUAAUUGAAUAAUAUAUCCUAGCUUCCGCUCUUGGCGGCCUUCGUAAACAAUCGUGUCGGUCGAUGCCCUUAGACCGUCCACGGAUUCUACGGGAGUCAUGAUCCCGUAGGAACCGAUCGGCAAUUCGAAGGUUUGGAACUAAUUCACCGGCGGCAUCGCAUUCGCCUCGGGGGAGAUAGUGACUCCCUAGUGUAGUGGACAAAAAAAUUAUGAAAUCUCGCGUUCGCAAAAACAAGAACUCGGCAUGACAGUAGGCGUCAAAAAGAACCGCGUGGUGCGGGAGACCGGUAUCAAGGAACAGCCCCGGUCGCGAUUCCUGCAUUCCAGAUCCUGGAAUCCACCGUUGCGAUCCUUUUCCCUGGUAAGAGCAGAGAAUCCGAAGGAGAUCUCGGAUGUGGAACUGUCAGACGAGGAGCCGGCGGAGAAGCCACCAGAAGCAAACGAGGUAGUCACCCUUUCAUCCGUGAGCGCAGAGGGGGAGAGAGACGGUCAUCCCGGUGAUGUCGUCAGAGGGGGAAGAGGUCGUACGAGUGGCGAGGGCCAGGAUGGCCAACUGCAGCGUGCGGCAAGCGACGCAAGAACGGGCUGGGGAAUGAGAGGCAACAAACCGGAGGUGGAACAGGCGAACGUUGAGCAGACAGGUGCGCUCCAUCGAGAUGGGUGGCCGCAGUGGCAGUGGCAGAAGGACGUCGCUGAACGAACAGUGGAGGGAGGGGCCGGAGGAGGAGUGGCCGACCCGAGUGGUCGAGGAGGCCGAGAACCAGAGAGCUGUACCAAGUUGCUAUUCAUCGACGGCCAACGGUACCGCCUCAAGAUGCGGCGGGCGCAGCGGCAAGGGUCCUAAGGGCCGAAUAAAAGUGAAAACUGAAUUAAUAGGUGUAAUUGAGAACGCGAGGGGUUGUGAGACGCGCGGACCAGGCACGCGGGCCGACAAGCUAAAUUUUUUGAAAAGUGGUCUGCUAACUGACUAAUUGCAGUGCCAACUAUCUUCACCAGACGUCGGCAUUGUCCCACAAAUAACCACUUGGUGAAUUCCCACACCCGAAGAAUAGUGGCAUGCUCAUCUAUGAAAAAUUUGUAUGCAUAAUUAACAAAAAGACUGCAUAAAGAGCAAGAAAACGAAAUGUUCUUGUUAGAUGGCUGCAAAAGCAUGAGAAAUAAUAACAGCAAUGAGGUGGACAAAGUGGAAAAAGUAUCAAUUAAGAAGUCUGAGUGGCAAACGCAAAAGUCCAGAAGUCUUUCCAGUUAAAAGGAGUCUCCCUUCCGCGGCAUCAGAAUCUGAAAGAGCGCACAAACAUGUUCAUGUCAAGUUCGAUCAAAAGCAAGCUUCUACUGAGUGUAAAAAAACCAAAUACGUUCCUACUACCUGUAGAAACUGUGGAGAGGCGCACACUGCGUCGUCCAUAUCAAGGCUGUCGAGUUUUCAUUGACCCCAAAAAGAGGGCUGGCCCAAAGCCAAGACUGAAGCCAAUGAAUACCUCGGCGAGUAUUCCAGCCACAAAAUGCAUCAUAUACGUUUGGUAAUAACGCUUUACAUUCAUGCUGACGUAGCACCAUAAGCCACACAACUUUAGCUACACGUUAAAUUAGGACCGUGAGCUUUCUCUUCUGUUUCUCUCUUUCGUUCCUUUCGUUUUGUAGAAAGCGGGCUGCAAUGUCACGCCAGCUGAUCUCGCAGUCAGCUGAGAACCAGUCAGCUGAUCGUAGCAUACUCUCCUGUCCUCCUGCCAAGGAUUCUCGUCAGCAACUUAUGGAAUCCCAGUGAAAUAGGUACCAACAAGCUAGGGCUAGAAAAUAAGGGUGUCAAAGGGAAGGAAGGAAUCCAACAUGGACUACUCCAUAGACGCCAACUUCUCCGCUUUAGAAUGCCGCAGGUAACUGGUGUCGUUCUCCCCAGAAACAGGCAGAAGUAUUCGCCGAGCAUCUUGCCCAGAGGUUCAUGGCAUUCAACACUGCGUCACAGGUAGAUUCCAAUAAGUUCGAUGAAGUACUAGCUCGCCCUCUGCACAUUUCUCCGCCAAUCCGCCCCAUCCGACUUAAGGAAGCCAGAAGUCACUUAUUUCACUGAUAUUGAUCUUCAAUGCAAUAUUAAGGGUGCCAGGAACUCUAUUAUCCACAAGCCAGGUAAUCCGGAGUACGACCCAAGUUCUUAGCGGGCGAUUAGUCUUCUGCCUUCGAUAUCAAAGGUUUUUGAAAGACUGCUCAUAGAUGGACUUGUCAAGUAUAUGGAUGCCAACAAAAUUAUUCCGGACCACCAAUUUGGAUUCCGAUUUGGCCAG